AUGCCGGGAUCGCUGAAGCCGCACGCGACCAACGACGCCAACACAGUGCCCGCGACCAUCACCCACGACACCUCCACUGCCAGCCACGGCGCCCUGGUGUUUGACGUGCAUGUUGCGACGGAACACAAAUCGGACCCGCCGGCCAGUGCGGCCGACAGGGCGGCACCUGCUUCGCCUCCGUCGUCGCGUGGUCAAGCGUUCAUGCUGGGCGAUGAGCUGCCUCUCGAAGAUGACGGCAGAGAUGAAGACGAAGACAGUGACGACAGCGAAGACCUCAGCGACGAUGAAGACGAAUGCUGGGGGCGGCAGCGGCAAGAAGAGUAA